GGUUCGGCGCCGACGCCGGGGUACGUGGGGGCCUCGCGCCGGGGCGUAUAAGUUGGCGUGGCAGCCGCGUGUACUUGCCUACUGGUCCUCCGCCGCCCCCCGGCGACCUCUCUGCUCACGCGGUGGCGCCACCCCGCAAGUACAAAGGGAAAGCUACCCGCCCGCCCUCCGACCCAACUCAGCUCAGCUUCAAAAGGGGACUGUAUUUUCGCUCUCUGGUCCUCCCCUCUGUCUCUGUCUCUGUUCAUGCAGUGUCCCUCCCUCUCACCCGCUUCUUCUUCCUUCUCUUCUCUGCCGAGUUCUAAUUCUUGCGGCUGCAGCUUCUGUACUCAUUUCUUCUCUUCUCGAUUGCAAUCGCAAAGGCUUCAGUUGAGGUUAUUUGGUUUGGGUCAGCCAACGUCGAUAGCCAAGUUGUUGCAAGCAUUUGCUGUCCACUGACAUUAUUCCCCUUUCGUUUUCAACCAAAUCUUCGGUGGUCCUGUCCUGUCUUUGACAUUCAGGAAGGGCAUUUUCAGAUUGAGCUAGUUCAGCCGAGGCGUUUCUCAACCAAAGAUGGCCUCCUUUUUCACUUGAUUUGUUUGGACUUGGUUCCCGGCUCCGUUAAGUGGAGCUCUGUUCCGCCAUUGUUCGAUCGCGUUUGCUGGUUGGCUGCCUCGGCCAUGGAUCCCUUCCACGGCAUUGUGAAGGAGGAGGAUUUCGAGUUCGAUUUCGACUACACCGGCGCUUCGGCCGGGGGCGCGCCGCCGGGUGCGCUGGCAGCGUCUUCGUGGGCCGUCGCCGCGCCGGAGCUGCCCCGGCCGAUGGAAGGUCUCGGCGAGGUGGGGCCCACUCCGUUCUUGACCAAGACCUACGACGUCGUGGACGAUCCCAACACCGACACCGUCGUCUCCUGGGGGUUCGCCGGCAACAGCUUCGUCGUCUGGGACGCCAACGCCUUCGCCAACGUCAUCCUCCCGCGCUACUUCAAGCACAGCAACUUCUCGAGCUUCGUCCGCCAGCUCAACACCUACGGGUUCAGGAAGGUUGACCCGGACAGGUGGGAGUUCGCGAACGAGGGGUUCCUGCGGGGCCAGAGGGAGCUCCUCAAGACGAUCAAGCGCCGGCGCCCGCCGUUGAGCCCGUCGUCGCAGCAGGGUCAGGCGCAGGACGCGUGCUUGGAGGUGGGGCAGUUCGGGCGCGAGGGCGAGGUGCACCGGCUGCAGCGCGACAAGGGGAUCCUGCUCGCGGAGGUGGUGAAGCUGCGGCAGGAGCAGCAGGCGACGCGCGCGCAGAUGCAGGCCAUGGAGGAGCGCAUCACCACGGCGGAGCAGAAGCAGCAGCAUAUGACCGUGUUCCUGGCGCGCGCCUUGAAGAACCCGAGCUUCCUCCGGAUGCUGGUCGACCGGCAGGGCCUGGGCGGCCGCCAGAGGGAGCUCGAGGACGCGCUCUCGAAGAAGCGCCACCGCCCCAUCGAGUACCUCCGACGCGACGGCGAGAGCAGCGGCAGUGCCGCCACGGAGGCGGCGGUGGGCGACUACAUUUCCGGCCUUCCGGCCGGCGCCAACGGCGUGGCGGUGGCGGACGAUGGCAAGGGCCGUCGGGACGGGACCGGCGGCGGCGAGGACACAGAGAGCUUCUGGGUGGAGCUGCUGAGCCUCGGCCUGGAGGAGAAGCACCGGGAGGGCGGCGGUGGCGGCGAGGUGAACGGCAGCGGCUCUGACGUGGACAACGACGUGGACGACGACGUGGAGGUGCUCGUGCAGAGCAUCUACCACCUGAACCCGAACCCGGGCAGCCCCAGCGGCAAAUGAAAGUUCCAGAACAUUCCACUUCCAGAACCACUAUGGAAGCAUCCAGUGCCCAGUGGGCACUGCAAGUAGGGGCUUUAGUUUAUAUCCGGCGCCUGACUUUCUGUCGCGGGCUGCGCAAGUGGCGAAAGCUGCGGUUGGCCGGUUGCCAAGGAAUGUUCAGGAAGCUCGGCCAGGGCUACGAAGCUUCUCGAAGUAGGAGGAACAGGGCUGCUGGCCUACUAUCAGUAGCAAGUACAUUCCGACUAGAUUCGGAUGAAGCAAAGGCACUUUACAAAUGAGGGUGAUGGUGCCAUUAAGUAGCACGACAAGCUCUUUUCUUGGAAGUGCAUAUCCCUUGGAAGUAACUAACGUUGUCUGUCUGAA